AUGCAUUCAGGAAAGCAAGUUGACCCCGGCGCCAUCGACGGCCGUAUGUUCGACUUCAUCGUCUGUGGAGGCGGCACGUCGGGUUGUGUCAUCGCAGCACGCCUGGCACGGAUUCCGAACAUCUCCGUGCUCCUAGUAGAGUCUGGCAGAGAUUCUGGGUUGGCGCCGGAGGUCCUGAUUCCGGGACACUAUGUCAAGCAGCUCCAGGAGGACAAAGCGGGCCUUUGGGAGCUGGAGACCGUCCCCCAGCGACACUUGAAUAAUAGACGCUUGCUGUUCCUCCGUGGAAAACAGCUGGGAGGGAGUUCCGCGGUAAAUUAUAUGGCUCUUGCUCGAGGCCCGGCGGCAGACUACGAUGAAUGGGCGAAGUUGACUGGUGACGCUGGGUGGAAAUGGGACAAUGUGCUCCCCUUGAUGAAAGAUCUCGAGGAUUUUGACCCAAAACUACCACCAGGGGCGAGUGAUUUCGCACAGCCUAAGGCUUCUGUUCAUGGAUCAUCAGGGCAAGAGAACCCCAGACGUUCGCCCCUCAAGGUCGGCUUCGGGAAGGAGCUGGUACCGGGCGUGAAUACGUUCUUUCAGGCAUGUGUUGAGGUCGGAAUGCCCAUGUGCCUGGACAACAACUCUGGGAACCCCGUGGGAGUCGGACUGGCGCAGUUCAAUGUUCGUCGAGGCGAAAGAAGUUAUGCCGCCAACGCCUUCCUGGACCAUUCUGCUCGUGCUCGUUUCCGAAAUUUGACAGUUCUGACUGAUACUGAAUGUGACAGGGUUUGCAGCGACGGCCGGAUCGCCACAGGUGUCGAUCUAUAUCACAAGGCGACUGAAAAAACAGUCCAUGUGAGAUGUCGCAAAGAGGUAGUGCUUUGCUCAGGAACGUUUGGGUCUCCUAAGAUCUUGAUGCUGUCAGGCAUUGGGCCCCUCGACGUACUGCAGAAGCACGGGAUUCCUGUAGUCAUAGACUCACCAGGAUGCGGUCGAAAUAUGCUCGACCACUCCAUCAUCACCUGCGAAUACAAGGUAGACGACAGCAUCCCAGCGCAUAACCAAAUCUUCCUCGACCCAGGGCUCUAUGACCAGGCUAAAUCCCAAUAUGCCGACAGCCGCACUGGACCUUUAGCCACGUACGGAUCCAGCGGCUCCGUGUCAUUUCCAAGGAUCCAGAGGCUGUUUGAAUCCAAAGAGUUUUCUGAUCUCGAUAGCCACACUCAAGAAUUCCUACUGGAACCCACCAGACCCUCGGCAGAAAUUUGGCUAGGGUCUGGCCCGUCCGUUUACGCAACUGAUGAUCCGUCCAAGAGCUACAUCACCCAUGAAAUGCUCAUCCAAAAUAACCUGUCCAAGGGCACGGUGACCAUUCGAUCGCGAGAUCCACGCGAUCCUCCGCUGGUGGAUCCGAAUUUUCUCGCUCACCCAUUUGACAGGCGUAUCGCUAUUGAAACCGUCCGGGCUGCUUUGAAGGUGGCCAGUACAGAGGCGUACCGGGGAACAAUUGAGACUCUUGUGCAUGGCCCCAAGAUCGACAUUGGAGUCACGGACCCCGACACAAUCAGAGACGAGGAUUUGCUGCAGUUUAUUCAAGAUAAUCUCGACCAAGGCUAUCACAGUAUGGCCACCUGCAAGAUGGGGAAACGUGGCGAUCCGACUGCGGUUGUCGAGGAUGGAUUCUGUGUGAAGGGAAUGCAAAAUCUACGUGUGGCUGAUCUCAGCGUGUGUCCCAUUCUGACAUGCAAUCAUACGCAAAUCAACGCUUACUUGAUAGGCUUACGCUGUGCGCAAGAGCUGGAGAAGCAGUACAAGGAGAUCCCAAAGCGGACCGGGAAAUUGUAG